CAUUACUCAGCACAUUUAUUUUGUAUAUAAGUAUGUUAAUUUGUAUGUAAUUCAGUCAAGUCAGUCAAGUUCAGUUCAGAUCAGAGUUAUACAGCAAUACACUGUCUCUCUCACUGGCUCCGUGUUCUCUGCACGUUAAAUACUUUAUCGCUACAAAGAUGUCUUCAGUGUUUGCGGAAGAACAGAAUUUUAGGGAAAUUUGUCGUAGAUUGCGGAAAUCUGGCAAUUUUUCAACGGAACGAGGGAAUUCUACACACUUGCCGGACGCAGAUUUUCUCAAAAUAAUACACGGAUUGCAGAAAUUUCAAAAUGUUUAGCGGGAUUCUUAACCUGCUCCUUGUUGGAUAGGAUUUCAUCACGCAUGGUUUGAUCUUGUUAAUAUAUAAGUUGUUUAUAAAUAAACUUAUAUACAUUCAGAGGCGGCGCCAGAAAUCUUCCGAAAGAGGGGUUGGAGCUUCCAACAGGGUGGCUAAAUUGACUAUAAUAUGCAGUUUUCGUACGUUAUUUUGUCAAAUUUGCUCCGACAAAAACCUAAAAUUUUCUUUCGAUAGGGGGGCUAGAUGCUUCCGAUGAUUGGACUGUAGCGCUCUAGCCCUCCCCUGGCGCCACCACUGUAUACAUUCUAUUACCCAGUUGCCCCCUAUCUGCUAUUUUUGACCAGAAAGUACUUAUUUCCACAUUGUAAGGGCGUGUAUGUUGAAUAAAAGUUGUUCAGCAUGAAACUGUCUUUCAGAAUAUGUACAUAUAAUGUGGUUUUAGCGACAUCAAAAUUUGAACCCCUGCUGAUCAGUGCGCCAUAUGGGAUUUGCCCAAAUAAGGAAUUCCCAAUGUCCAAUUGAUGGGGCUUUUUCUGGUUAUUCCCAGUAUCGUAUGGAACCUAAGUGCCAAAUUACAGCUUUUUAUUAUUUUUGUCCGGGUAAAAUCGUAAUUCCACCACACUAUGAUUAGUCAUGUAAUUUGUUCCUUGCAGGGGCGAAAAUCCCGGAGGGGUGUGUGGGAAGGGGAGUGUGUGACACUGCAUUAAAGCUAACAGAAAAUGCAACGAUUAUUGAUACAUAUGUUUAGUGCAUGUUUGAGUCCACACAAAGCAACUUAAAUUGUAAAAAACUUUCUCGUGACAGGUACAGGGUGGGGUACCCUCGGGGUAAGAGGGGUAGCGUGAAGCCCCUAACUUUUUUCAAGAUAAGAAUUUUUACCGUUUUUCUAUUCCUUUAAAAAAGGUGUAUGAAAAAAGGAGAACAAACUGUUUAGAUGCCGAUUUUGUUUGGUUUAUUCACUAACUUAUUCAAGUCGAUGUGCAAUCAGAAACGAAAGGUCACAAUUUCUUUCCCCAAUAUCUGUCACUUGAGUUUUAGCAUGACACCUCCCCUCCUCGAUUGUUCCUUCCCAAAAAACAAUAGUCAGUGUUCUCUAAAACCCGUCGAAUUUUCCUUCCUAAGCAGUAUAGUACUUUGCUAAAUUUUAGCCUGGGAGAUGCUUUUUUAGCCCUUCUACAAGUUACAAUUUCAAAGAUUUUCUUUUGCGUCAAACUCAACAAUGGUGGGUCCUAAUCAGGGUUGCCAAGUGCUGGCAAGUCCUCAAUUCUAAAGUUUCUGAAAAUCAAUCCCAAAUCAGUCCCAAAUCAAUCCCAAAUCAAUCCCAAAGCAAUCCCAAAUCAAUCCCAAAUCAAUCCCAAAUCAAUCCCAAAGCAAUCCCAAUUUUUUCAAGAAUAGAUUCCUUCGCAGAAGUUAUAGAAAGGGAUAGAUAUUCCUCUGCAGCCUUGCCUUCUAUAUUUCCUGUGCAAUGAAUUACACAUUGUUCAAUGUUACGGUUGCUUAAUUUGAUAUCUAAAUAGUCGAGUUAGUAUUCAUAAGAAUUGAGUUGCAUCAACAUACAUAGUAUAAAAGUGUGAAGGCUUAAACUUGGGCAUUGUGCAUGAAGUAUGAUGAGCCAGAACAACAUCAGAUAACUUUCAAAUUUUUCGCGCCAAGCGAAUUUUUCGCCACGAAAUUUCUAGCUGCGAAUUUUUCUCUCGAUUUCGAAGUUCAAUUUACACUGGCGAAAUUUUUAUAUGAAUUCGCUGGGAAUAUUACAGAAGAAUAUAGCGACUGUCCGAAGAGUGCUCUUAUCAGCAAUUUUAAAAUUUUAAAUUUAUCAAAAAAGCGAUACUGGAUUAGAAAAAUUUAUUCAGGACGUCUUCAGAAGGGAGAAUUCCGUUUACAUUUAUAAGACCAGUAUAACUUCUUCAAAUACUUUCAAAGGUCGCUAUCGAAGCUUGCACAAGCAUGCGAGAUCCUGUUAGUGCAUCUGUUUAAAACUGUUGCUGUUGAGCAGGACAAUAAGCAGCCCGCAAUUAAGCAAUAUGAAGAAAUCCUUGCCUAUUUUUUUUAUUUCUGCCAUAUUGGUAGAACGAUGAAACUUUCGAGCAAGUUUUCGUAAAUUUGAAAUUCAAAUGUUUGAAUUAUAAUCUGAUAUAAAUCAACUUACAUGGAUUGUGUACAAGGAACAGGAAAUGAAUAAUUACCAACCUAUUUUAUUGUCGUUUUAAAGGCGAGAGUGUUUGAGAAAAAGAAUGCGGAAAGACGUAGGCCAUCAGAAACCAAAACAGAAAUCAGGUGUCUUCCAAUGCUGUUCUGAUUGAUUUAUUUUACAAGGCGAAAGUUUCGCAAGCGAUAGAGUAGGACCGUGAUCUACUUUCUGCGAAUCGAAUUUUUUCUACAUUCAAAAAAAUGCACGCUCCCCUUCCACAAGUAUUUGAACGGGACCCAAUAACAAAAACAAAAAGAAAAGACAAAUUGCUUAUAUUGAUAGAAUGACAAAUAGAAUCACCACAAAAUUUCAAGAAAUCAUGAAACAAACUAUGAAUUACGCAAAAUUUUACAUUCAAGUCAAUCAUUCUUCUAUUUGUGGCUCACUACAUUGUCUUUAGUAGCGCUAAAGGUGCUAAAUAAUAGUCAAUUUUAGCAAUCCAUUGACCAAUUAUAACAAAUUAUCCAUUCUUGUCUGAUAAUCCCAAAAAAUCCCAAUUUUUACUUUGAAUCCCAAAUAACAAUUUCUGAUCCCAGCAGUUUUUCCACAGUUCAAGUUUCGUGAAAUCUGGGAUUGAAUAAUCCCAAUUGGCAACCCUGGUCAUAAUACCUCACUAAACUUGAUACUACUUACGCCCCAAGGUUCAAAUUUGUCGUGUCGUUCCUAUCAUGUAGCCGAAACACAUAUGCACCCUCUCCCCCCAUGAGAUGUAAGCUUUAUUGCAAAGAAAAAUCAAAUUUGAAAUUUAAUUUAUGCUCACAAAGAUCUAUGAAUAUUUCAUAGGCGAUAAAGUUUUAAAUUUGUUUUUAUUGCCUAUAGAUUUAUCCUUGGUAAAGAAAAAUGUAUCUUGGUAAAGCUUUCAUUAGCAUUCUAUAGACAUAACUUUGCUUCGAGGUCUGCAGAGCACCAAUCAAUUUUGCAGGGCAGAAACCCUUUCACCCCUCCCCAAACUUAUUAGCCGAGUUACGUCCCUGGAUUCUUGCAAAGGAUUUCUUUAGAUGGAGCUCUCUUAGUAGAUAAACCAAUCGAGGAGAGAGCAUUCCCUUUUUGGAUACAUGGCUGACAGAACAAUUUCACUAAACAUUUCACUCAACUUUUGUUAAGUGAAGUUGAGCGAAGUUUAGCGAGGGUGACAAAACGUGACUAAACUUUUCACUAAAUUUCACUCGAGCAGCGAGCUAGCUACGACGCUGUUGGGCUGUAGGGGAUCUUGCAUAGGAAUUUGCUUUUGGUUUAUUUUGUUGCAUGCGUAAGCAGUGGAAUAAAAUAAGAAUCGGAUGAAGCGACGGGGAAAGAAAAGACUUUUUAGCACAUUGACAAAAAUUUUGACUGUUGAAGAAGACACAGUGGCGUACAACGAGAUAUUCGGAUGUCUCAAAAAGGCUUUUUGGGUCACGUAGAGACAAGAAAACCAACGAAAACAGACGAAAACCUUUGGAUUUCUACAGCUAGAGCGCCUGCGCGAUCACAAGAAAUGUUUAAUUGGUGGUAAAACGACUAAACAUUUGCUAAACAACACUGAACAAAGCUAAACAUUUUUGACCAGGAUCAAACUUUGCUCAACAACACUCAACACGACUAAACAACAAUAAACAGGGUGGCAAAACGACUAAACUUUUCACUAAACUUUUAACUAAAUAAAAGUUUAGUGAAAAGUUUAGUGAAAUGUUUAGUCGUUUUGCCAGGGCAUUAGAAUCAAAUAGUUCUUCGUGAAUAAAAACUUUUUAAGCUAUUGACAAAAACUGACAACAGAUGAUGAUAUUUUUAUAACUACUGGAAUUUUUGGCAAGAUUUCGCACCAAAGAAAAGCGCAUCAAGAAAAUGUCAUUUUUCUGACUUGCGACUUGCUGUGUACCAUGCUGGUGAGCAUUUGUUACUGAUUAAAAAAGUUGUGAAAACCUUUUGGUGAGUUCGUAUUGAAAGAAUCAUCAAGCAUGAAAAGGCAUUAUACGGUGCAAACAAGGUAAAUCAAACCACCCUUUUUCGUGUUCCCUCUGAUAAAGGAGGGGGGCCUUCGACGAAGGGGGGCAGGGGGCCAUGGCCCUCUCACGUUUUUGCAAAACAGUAAAGCUUUUUCAGAAUCUUGUUUAUGAUUAUUAAAUUUUCCCUCCCCCCUCCCCCAUUUUCCAACUUGCGGGAGCCCGUGUAAAUUGAUCAUGAUAUCUACGGAUCGGCCACUUUUUUGACCUCCUAGCCUGCGUGUAGAAAAGUUGAGGGUUUUUCCUAUAGGUUUCUCUUUUUACGGAAGGAUAAAAUAAAAGAUCUCUUGGACCACAUUAAUGUUAUCUAUUUUACAGUGGUGAGCGUCAUCAGUGCACAAAAUCAGGGUGUGAUCGUGUGGAGGAAAUUACUAAUGUUGUAAACGCGGGAUAAACGAGGGAUUGCUUGAAGGCGGGCACUAGUGAAUCGUUCACCAGGAAGAGGAGGUAGAACGUGAUUUAGUGAGGAAAGUUUCGUAUCGACAGCACACACACACAGAGAAGUAAAGACAGGCUGAAGCUUAAUCUUUUUCGUAUUUGAAAAUGGCUGUUUUGCCAAUAAGAUUUAUUUUUCUAAGUUGUAUUUUUAUUGGUAUCUGUAACUGCUUCAAUGUAGAGGUCAAGUCAGCAAAAAGUUUCUCUGGUGCUGGCGGAGAAUAUUUUGGCUUCACAGUUGCCUUCCAUAAGGCUGAAAAUGCUUAUUGGGCAUUGGUUGGGGCACCUAUGAGCAACCAAACUGGUAGCAACAUACAAGAAAAGAAUGGUGCUGUCUAUAGAUGUCCAAUUAGUGGAAGUUCUUGCAUCAACAUGGCAAUAGAUGAUGGAACCCCUGCAUUUGAUGAAAUCAAAACUGGCCAAUGGAUGGGUGCCUCACUUUACUCUAUGGGAGCUGAUCAAGGAAUUAUUGCAUGUGCACCAAGAUUUAUCGAUAAACCCCACGGUAGUGUAUGGUUACAUGGAAGAUGUGGUUUUGUAGAUGGUAAAACAUUCCAAGCUGGUACUACCUUUUGGAACCCUUGUGAAUUUCAUAGGAAUCAAGGAAAUACAGCCUUUGGUUAUUGUGAAACAGGAUUCAGUUUGGCAUAUUCCUCUGGUUUUGUUGCUGUAGGAAUACCAGGAGUAAUGCAAGUACAAGGUCGCUUAGCUGUCCAGUACCUUUCAAAUAUCCUCGGGGGCUCAAUAAACUUUUUACCAACCAGUGGGGAUAGGCUUGACCUUGGUGACACAAUGGGUUUCAGCAUUUCUUGGGGGAACUUUUCUGGUUCCAAACAUGGAGAUAUUGUUGGUGGUGCACCAAAUGGCAGUAACCGGAAGGGAAAGGUAUUAAUUUACUCACUGCACGGACAACUGCCAAUCUUUGCUGUUAUCGAAAAUACAGACACAACAAUGGCAAUCGGAUCUUAUUUUGGAUCGGUAGUGUGUGGUGUUGAUUUGACAAACGAUGGAAUUUCUGAUUUGGUUGUUGGAGCCCCAUUCUAUUCAGCUGUCUCGGAUGAAGGAAAGGUUUAUGUCUAUACCACCAGUUCUCAGAGCGGUGUAACUUUAAAAGGAAGUAUGCUUGGAGAUCGAACUCCUGGAGCGAAAUUCGGCUCAUCAAUAGCCUCCGCAGGGGACCUGAAUAAUGACAAAUAUAAUGAUCUUGUUGUUGGUGCACCAUAUGGCGGUCCCGAUGGAAAGGGAGCUAUUUAUAUUUAUCAUGGAUCAGCCAACGGUAUUGGAAAUGGCUAUGAACCGGUUCAGAAAAUUUACGCAUCGACUUUGGGUGGAAUGCCAGCAACGUUUGGCUUUUCGGUUGCAGGAGGCAUGGAUGUAGAUGUGAAUGGUUUCCCAGACCUAGUAAUUGGUAGCUUUGGAGCUGAUAAAAUCCACAUAUUUAAGUCAAAGCCUGUUUUGAAAACAACUGCUACCCUAAAGACAGACAAAGCCAAGAUAUCUCUAUCUAAAAAUGCUACUUCUAUAUGUAAAACAGACGGAGCAAUAAAUUAUCAGUGCAUCGAAAUGACCUUCUGUAUGACGGUUUCUGGAAAAGGGAUUUCCGGUGCAAUAGACAUGGAUGUUAAGUUUGAGUUCGACAAGGACCAGUUGGCAGGCAAGAGGGCAAUUGUGGAAGUUAGUGGUACAAAACAAGCGAGCAAGCAGUUGGUCAUUACUUACAAUGCAAACGUAGAAAAAUGCACCAAAGAGAAGGUCUUUAUUCAGACAAACGCCAACAACAUUCUCAGGCCAAUCGUUUUUGCUGCUUCGUAUGGGUACAAAGAGCCAAGUGGAGGUUGCGGGGCGUCACCUUGCCCUAUUGCUGAUUUGUAUGAGACAAGAGCGUUGACUACGCAGGUUACGUAUGUAAAAGAUUGCGGAAGUGACGAUAUUUGCAACACAGACUUGGCUGUAACUUGUCAACCCAAAUUUUCUGGUGGUCAAACAAGUUUGGUUUUUGGACUUGAGAAAAGCUUCAGUCUUCAAAUUGAUGCAACAAAUAAAGGAGAAAACGCCUUUUUAGCAAAGAUGAAAGUUGAUUUUCCUGACGAUUUGACGGCAGUCGGUGUCGAAUUUAUCAACGAACAAAAUCCUCUGUGGGAGCGCCUGCCAACGAAAAAUGGUAAAAGUAGCAUUGAUUUCAAUCUUGACAGCCCUUUUGAGAAAAACAGAAAGCUUGAAAUUGUGAUAAAAUUCACCAUAGCAAAAGAAAGGCCGAGCGGAAAGACUUUAGAAUUCAAAAUUGAAGCGAGCAGUGUAAGCAAUGAGUUGACUCCAAACGAUAACAUCGCCAUAGUGAAAGUUGAAACUGGCUUGUUAGCUGAUAUCACGAUUUCCGGAUCUGCUAGUCCUGAGAAUUUUUUCUAUGAUAAAGAGGCAAUUGCUGCAACGUCUGAUUUGAAGAAUGAAACACAAGUCGGUCCUGUAGUGGAAUACACUUUCUUUGUAAGUGUUGUAGCCUUUUGUUCAUUGUAAACAUUUAUUUCUUUUUCAAGAUGUGAGCUAUUCGAAAAAUUGUCCUUGUUUUUAGAAAUAUAUCACAUAAAAACAUUUGAUAAGUCAUGAAGAAACCUGAAAAGUUUGAAGUUUCCUUGUGAGAUUCCCUAGAUCCUAUACAAUAGGUCAUGACACGUAGGGGAGUCCAUUGACACCUUACAACAGAUACCUCACGUUCUUACAAAUACUGUUAUUUUC